AUGGGUCAUGAUGACUCCACCUGCUUCUCUAUUCACGGCACUCCUGACUGGUGGUACGAAAAGUGUGGGCAUAAAGCCGAGGAUGGUACUCCUCGUGGUCGUGGGCGCCCACCCCCGCCACUUGGUGCUGCUGGUCGUGGCCGUGGUGGUGUACGUGCUAACGCCACUCCUACCGAUGUUGUCCUUGUCCCUAGGUCGAGUGGGAGUGUUCCUGCAAUCACCAUCGAGCAAUGGCAUGCUCUCUUUGCCACCUUUGGUAAUGCAUCUACUACUCCUUUGAACCGUUUAAAUGGUAUGUUCGAGCUUUCAUCAUGGAUUAUUGAUACUGGUUGCACUCAUCAUGUCGCGGGUGAUCUCUCCUUUUUAUGUGAUGUUUCUAUUGAUGAUUGUCCUGUUGGUCUCCCUAAUGGGGCUUCGGUUCUUGCUACUCAAUCUGGCACUGUUCAUUUGAGUGAUACUCUUGUCCUCCAUAAUGUCUUAUAUGACCUUCAUUUGAGGGCGCUGAUUGGAACGGGUGAGAGACGGGAUGGACUUUACUAUCUUCGGGAUGUGAAAUUUAUGGAAGAUGUUUUUCCUUACUUGUGUCCUGAGGAUAAUGGUUCUCCUCUUUCCUUUAGUCCCCCUAUGGAUUACGCUACCUGUCUUGAUUGGGACGAGUUUAUGGAGCCUGAGCCUCCUUUGUGGGUUGAGCAGCCCGUUUCUCCCACGUCCCCCGCGUCUGGGCCGCCUGCUGCCCAGCCCACCACUGAGCCGUGGGCUGAUGAGCAGCCCGUGGGUGGGUCGCACCCUGCUCCUGUUGAUCCGGCCUCGAUAAUGGGUCGUGGGAUGCGCUCCAAGCUUCCCUCCACUGGCCUAAAAGACUUCAUCACUUGUACUACUGUGGCUCCUUCUCCAAGUCCAUCUCUCUCUUCUCUCACUCCAUCAGCAUCCUCAGCUAUCACUGCAGGUACUGAGCCACGGUCCUUUAAAGAGGCCAUGCGACAUCCUGAAUGGCAUCAUCAAACUGAAGGGCUUGAUUACAAUGAGACAUUUGUUCCUGUGGCUAAAAUGGUCACUGUUCGUGCCAACCUAGCUAUUGUCGCUUCUAAAAAUUGGGAGUUGCAUCAUAUGGACGUCCACAAUGCGUUUCUUCAUGGUGAUUUGAGUGAGGAAGUUUACAUGAAACUCCCUUCUCGUUUUACUACUGAUUCUUCAAAUCAGGAUCUUGGUGUUCUCAAAUAUUUUUUGGGCCUUGAGGUUGCUCGUAGCAGAGAUGGUAUUUUUUGUGCCAACGCAAAUAUGCUCUUGACAUUGUCUCAGAAUCUGGUUUACUUGGCUCGAAGCCCGCUGCCACGCCCAUCGAACAAAAAUCACCAAUUCGGCCGUGAUGAUGGCCCUCUUCUUGACGAUCCGGAGCCAUGUCGUCGCCUUAUGGGUCGCUUGAUAUACCUUGUUGUGACCCGUCCUGAUCUCACUUAUGUUGUUCAUGUUCUCUCUCAGUUUAUGCAUGCCCCUACCCAGCAUCAUUUGGAUGGUGCGCAUCGUAUUGUCCGCUACUUGAAGGGGUGUCCGGGUCAGGGUAUUCUUCUCCAUUCUGAUUGUGAUCAGUCUCUCUAA